AUGGAGAAAAAGAUUUAUGAUGCAGCCCUUCAUGGAAAUGUCAAUAUUCUUCAUGAAUUGCUCCAAGAAGAUAAAUCAAUUCUUGAUAGAGUUUCUUUAAAUUGUACCAACAAUUAUACUCCUCUGCAUAUAGCAGCAAUGAGAGGGCAUGAAGAAUUUGUCAAAGUAAUAUUGGCUCAAAGCCCUGAGCUAUCUACUGAGCUAGAUUCGCGUCAAAAAUUGUCACCCCUUCAUUUGGCAUCAGCUAGAGGGCAUUCGAAGAUUGUGGAGGCAUUGGUAAAUGCUAAUCCUGACAUGUGCUUGGUUCUUGAUCGAAAUGGCAGCAACCCUCUUCAUCUUGCAGCCGUCAAAGGCAGAGUCAAGGUUUUGGAAAUGCUGGUUGAUUCAAGGCCGUUUGCAGCUAGAGAAAAGACCAAACGUGGGGAGUCUAUUUUGCAUGUGUGUGUGAAGUAUAAUCAGUUGGAUGCCCUGAAGAAGCUGGUGGAAAUUGUGGAUGAUGAGGAGUUCUUAAAUCAGAAGGAUGGCGAUGGCCUCAGCAUAUUGCAUUUGGUUGUUAUUUCCAAGCAAAUUCAGGUAUUACAAGAACAGUUUGAAUAUAUUGAUAUUAAUGUCAAAUUGAUUAUGUGUACCUUCUUCCUUUUUAAGAAAGGGAUUGGUGAGAAAGAGCAAAAUGAAAGCAGUAGUCGGACACGGCUUUCUUGUAGAACGUGA